GAUGCCCACCAUGAUCCGGCAGCAGCUAAUCUGGCUUUCUGGCGUUCGGCCUCCUUCCUGUUGGCCGCAACGUUGGAGACAGCGUUCCGCUUUGAGCACGCGGUUCACUUGUUAUGUAACUGGCACACAGUACCUGAACAAGGCUCGGUCGUUUGCGAUAUCGCAUUCACUCCUUCGGUUUCAAAGAGACCCCAUCAAAAGUCCCACACUCUGUGGAUUCCUUCGAGGCGUGAAUUGGACGCAUUAUCGGCUCACGGUCAGCGUUUGGCUUCCCUGAUGGCCGACUUCGUUCCACUUCAGGACGCCGGUAACGAUCAACUGUUUGACGCCUGCUUUGCAGACCGAUCUUUGCGCUUUGAUCGACUGCGGUCAGAAUUUGGUGCAGAUGACCACACUCCUGUCACAACGUUUUAUCGUAUGGGGAGUUUUGUCGAGGCAUGUCGUAAUGGUCCGCUUGUCAGUUCUACCCGCAUGGUUGGUAGGUUUGCUGUGACCCGUUUCGUGGCUCUCGGGUGGCUUCGUGGUCACUUGCCGUCGGAUGAUUUUCCAACUGGCAUUGUGGUAUAUCGGGUGCACGGAACGGCUCUUCCAUCCGCUUUUCCCACACACUUCACGACGUUCGAUCGUCUUGUUCGAUGGUCACGAGAACCUAACGAAGGAGUUCCGCAACAACCUGACUAUGUGGUCCCAUUCUGA